UUUUCACCAAUCAGAAUGCAGCUUGAUUGCUGCUCACCCAAUGGGAAGCCAGGAAGCUCAUACUGUCCGUGUGAUUCCACAGAAGGAAGCGUUACCAAACACUUUAACAAAGUUUUAAGUAGUGUUCAGAGAAUGGCGGACAAGACUGUGGAUGGAGGUCAAUGGACGGGAUGCGCAGUCAUGUUUCUGCAGUCGCUGUGUCCCGGUGUGAACCUGCUCUCUCUCUACAAAGACCCACAGGGAAAGUUCAUCAUUUUCAAAGUCAUCAAGCUGACACUUACAGACUCUGCUGGAGGCCUGGGUACAUUUGAGAUCCUAAAGGUCCAUGACGCGGAUCCCUUCCUGGGGGUGGAGGUGAAGUUUGUGAAUGUGGCAGCAUGUCAUCAGUUCCUGGAGAGCUACAGCUCUGGAGCGGUGAGACAGUAUCUCUGCCAGCACGCCUGCCGGCUGCUCGCUCUGUCCCAGGAGUUAACUGUGGAAACCCAGCUCAAGGCAGGCACUCAUACUCUGGAUCGGUGUCUGGACAAGCUGGAUCUUUGCCUACAGCACAUCCACCUGUCACAGCCGGAGCGCCUGCGCGAUGAGGAGAUCGAUGAGCUCGAGCAGCAGCUGCAGAGUCAGGCCCGCGGUCCUGCCUCACAGUCCGUCACCAUCAUGCAGGAAGAGUCUCCCGUUCCCAGCAACUGCUUCAAGUUUCAGAACAGAGUGUUUGAGGACCGAAUGCUGACAGCGGCAGAUGUGCAGAGCUUUUCUAACGGAGUUGGCCGUCAGUGGAAGCACGUAGGGAGGGCCUUGGGGAAGAACUGCCGCGCUCUGAAGGGCCCGGCCAUAGACAACCUGGCCUACGAGUACGAGAGAGAAGGGCUGUAUGAGCAAGCCUAUCAGCUUCUCAGCCGUUUCAUCCAGGCGGAGGGGAGGGCGGCCAAGCUGAGCCGACUGGUCAAAGCACUGGAGGACUGCAAACUCACGAGCCUGGCUGAAAAUAUUCUGGACCUGCAGCCGCGAGAGUAACUCUGAGUCUCAGCUGUGAAAACAGAGAAGGGGGGGCGGAGUCCUCUCUGUGCAAGGAGCAGCGACUUUGUCCUCCCUGCUUAUGCUAUACACACACAGUGUGUUUGUUCUUCACGUCUGUCAUCGACAGCAUCCCAUCCUUCAAAUCAUCCCCCGUGUGUGCGUGCGUGUAGGAGUGUGUGUGGGAGUGUGUGCGUAUAUUGAAUGAUUCACGUCUUUGCUUUUCAAUUAUUAGUAUUAUUGAUAAUUGUUUUAAUUUAGUUGAAUGAUCUGUCAUCACUUUUUUAAAAAUGCUGUCAUGAGUUUAAUGCACUGUUUAAACUGUUGUCAUCAUGUUUCUCCUUUUAAAGUCUAUUUACAGAUGGAACCUGUUGGGUCUUCUUUCUAAUGAGUGCGAGACUGUUUUUUUUUUUCUUCCA